AUCAUUUACUCAUCUCCCUGUAAAAGUAAUCCCAUCACAUGCCUUUGAAGGACUUAGAGAUGCCUUCAUCAUUGAAAUCUCUCAGAGCGACUCCCUGGAAAUAAUAGAAGCAAGUGCAUUUGACAGCCUUCCCACCUUGUCUGAAAUAUUAAUCCUGAACACAAAAAAUCUGUUGCACAUUGAGGAUGGAGCAUUCAGAAACCUUCCAAGGCUAAAAUACUUGAGCAUUUGUAACACUGGAAUAAGACAAUUUCCAGACCUGACACAGAUCUCCUCGUUGGAAGCUCAUUUCAUUUUGGAGCUCUGUGAUAACUUGCGCAUGACAAUUAUACCGCAAAAUGCUUUCCAGGGGAUGAACAAUGAAUCGCUGACACUAAAACUGUAUAAAAAUGGAUUUGAAGAUAUCCACAGCCAUGCCUUCAAUGGGACAAAGCUGAAUCAAUUAAUCCUGAAGGACAAUAAGAACCUCAGGCGGAUACACAACGAUGCCCUGAGAGGCGCCACAGGGCCAGAUGUUCUGGAUAUUUCUUCAACGGCGUUGGAGUCCCUGCCGAGUUAUGGGCUUGAGGCCAUUCAAGUCUUAAAUGCAACGUCAUCUUACUCAUUAAAGAGACUGCCAUCACUGGAUAAAUUCAGCAGUCUUCUGGAAGCUGUUCUAACGUAUCCCAGCCACUGCUGUGCUUUUCGAAAUCUAAAGACAACAAAACAAAAUUCCUUGCUUUCCAUUUUUGACAACUUCUCCAAAGAGUGUGAAAGCACCAUGAGGAAACUCACUAAUAAAAUAUUCUACUCAGACAUUUUUGAUGACAGUGAAAUGACCGGCUUUGACUUCGUGUAUGACUUUUGUCAGCCUAAAGUACUCACAUGCACUCCAGAACCAGAUGCAUUUAAUCCCUGCGAAGACAUCAUGGGAUACAGCUUUCUCAGAAUCCUGAUCUGGUUUAUAAAUAUCCUUGCCAUUGCUGGUAAUUUCACUGUACUCCUCGUUCUCAUAACUAGCCGUUACAAGCUCACCGUUCCUCGCUUCCUCAUGUGUAACCUCUCCUUUGCUGAUUUUUGCAUGGGACUUUACUUGCUGCUCAUCGCUUCUGUUGAUGCCCAGACGAGUGGUCAGUACUACAACCAUGCCAUAGACUGGCAGACAGGCAGUGGCUGCAGUACUGCUGGCUUUUUCACUGUCUUUGCAAGUGAGCUCUCAGUGUACACACUCACAGUGAUCACUAUCGAGAGAUGGCACACAAUCACCUAUGCCAUGCAGCUGGAUCGGAAGCUACGGCUGAGGCACGCUGUGCCCAUCAUGCUCGGGGGCUGGAUAUUCUCCAUAUUAAUAGCAGUGCUGCCUCUCUUAGGGGUCAGCAGUUACAUGAAGGUCAGCAUUUGUUUACCCAUGGAUAUUGAAACGGGUCUUUCCCAAGCCUACAUACUGCUGAUCUUGGUGCUGAAUGUUGUCGCCUUCAUUGUCAUUUGUGCUUGCUACAUUAAGAUUUAUGUAGCUGUUCAGAAUCCAGAGAUGGUAGCUGCCAAUAAAGACACCAAGGUCGCCAAGAGAAUGGCAAUACUGAUCUUCACGGAUUUCACCUGCAUGGCCCCUAUCUCCUUUUUUGCCAUAUCUGCUGCCUUUAAAGUUCCUCUCAUCACGGUGACCAACUCCAAGAUUCUGCUGGUUUUAUUUUACCCAGUCAACUCCUGUGCAAACCCAUUUCUCUACGCAAUUUUUACCAAAGCAUUUCGAAGGGAUUUCUUUCUGCUGAUGAGCAAGUUUGGUUGCUGCAAGAGUCGAGCAGAGCUUUACAGGAUGAACUAUUUCUCUGCUUAUACUUCCAACUGCAAGAACGGCAGCUCAGCCACAGCCCCCAGCAAAGCCUCCCAAGCACUGCUGCUCUUGUCGGUGUUAGAAAAGCCUUAUCGUGCAGUACGAGACAAGACAUCUCUCAAGGAAAAUUAA